GUUUUGUCUGUCACGCAACAGGCCCUAUGCGAGGCCUUUGUGUAAUCCUAGGUGCUCCUGCCCAAUAAGGGACAUGGCUAAGCGAAGUCACCCACAUGGUCAACCUGGACGGGCAGUCUUCCCCCUUGUGCAGUAUUACCCAUUACGCACUUCAUGUCUACGAAACUCUAAUCUUCGUGCUGCAGCAUGUCCGUCCCAUUGCUUCUUUUAAUUAAUUUAACCCGUCUGCCGGUCCCUGCACGCGUGUUUGAUUAACGAGCCCUCCUCCCUCCUCCCUCCCCCCCUAGCUGACUUCAACUACCCGGUUGUGGCCUUAUCCGUACGAGGCACCACUUAAUUAGUUGUAUACGUACCCCGCCAUUCCGUCAUUGCGACCCAUGUCAUGGAGAAGCCAGAAGGAUGGACAGCCUUGCCCAUGCUUGCUGUUCAUCAUCGAUGGUCUUUGCACACUUCAUCAGCCAUAUGGAUCCCGUCUGUUCGCCUCCCACGGUUCACCGUACGCUCCUCGUGAUGCCCUAGCCGUCAUGUCCCAGGCCCAGGCUGCACUAGCAUCUCACCCGUUCAAACCUUUCUGCCAGAUCUUUUGCACCAGCGUCGUCCCCAAGCGUUUCGGAGUGGCCGCGUCCCCACAGUCUCGGCGCUGUGACACGCGGGCUGCACAAGUUGAUUUUGACACGGACUCGUUCUUAUUUAGCGUUUGGGAAGCCCUCACGCCCUUCCCCGUCACGGCCCAGCCCAGCCCAGCCCAGCCCAGCAAUCCUGGCUUCCAAAGUCUUGUUGCUCUAACCGACGACGCCCGCGACGCCCGACCGUGCAGCUGGGUUCCACGUUUUGAGCCUCACCACGGCGCCCUGGGACGCUGGGAAGCUGGCGGCGUCGAUCCUUGA